UGUCUGAACGAAACUCAGAUUUUGUCGGGGGAACUCAGCAAAAGACUCAAACGAGCAAAGAAGAAUCGGGAGAGAAAGGAAAGUAGGACGUAAUGGGGAUAGUAGCUGCGAUCGGAGUGCUAUUGCCAUUCCCUUUCUACUGGUGGCUAUGGACGAAUCCUCAGUCAUGGGUCAAUCUCUGCGGCCAAGGAAAAGACCCUUCCACGGUUAUGGCACGUGUCUCUCACGUGCUCAAGGCUGCCCAACUCCUCUCUCUCUUCUCCGUCGCCUCACUCUCAUGGCCUCCUCCUCUCUACUUCUGGCCCCUCAUGGCCUUUGGCCAGUUUCUCAACUUCAGGGUAUAUCAACUGUUAGGUGAAGCUGGAACAUAUUACGGUGUACGAUUCGGGAAGAACAUACCUUGGGUUACAGAGUUCCCGUUUGGGGUCAUCAGAGAUCCACAGUAUGUUGGGAGUGUCAUGUCUCUGUUGGCUUGCCUCUCUUGGGUUCCAUUCCAGUACAUUUUCCUCUGGUGUCUCGGUUAUGUUUUCAUGAUGCUAGUCGAGUCAAAGGAGGAUUCAAGUGCUCGUGCCAAACCCAUCUCCUGAUGUCUUGGCAUUACACACUAGUUAAUAGGGUUUUAACUCCCACGCAAGUCAGGUCUACAUUUCUUGUUGUUUUGAUUGUUUAAUUUUGUAGUUCCACUGACAAUGCACCUAGACUUUAUACAUUUUGUUAUCAAAAAGUUAUUGGAACAAAAGAAUAAGAUAUGUAAUAAACAUAAACCAGUAGUGAAAAUUUGUAAUAAACAAAACCUAAAGCUUUUUUUGUCUGUGGA